UCCGAAAUGUGUGGGAUCACGCUCGGUGUUUCCAAGUAGCCUGGGCUUUAUUGACAAACUCUAUUCAUUGUGUGACGAUAGUUUGUGGCGCACACCGACCGACCGUCCGGUACAAACACGGGUGCGGUGACCGACAAGUAAAGGAGGAGGAGGAGGAGGAGGGAAGGGAAGAGAAGAGGAGGAAAAGCGACAAAAUGUCGAUCCAGUACGAGGUGGAACAGCUGGCCGACAGCUACGGGGCUGCGGACUCGUUCCCCAAAGAUUUCGGUUAUGGUGAAGAGGAGGAGGCCGACAUCGAGGACAGCCCGGCGCUGUCCGACAGCAAGCCGAGAAUCCUGCUCAUGGGUCUGAGGAGAAGCGGCAAAUCAUCCAUACAGAAGGUGGUGUUCCACAAAAUGUCUCCCAAUGAGACGUUGUUCCUGGAGAGCACCAACAAGAUCUACAAGGAUGACAUCUCCAGCAGCUCCUUUGUCAACUUCCAGAUCUGGGACUUCCCGGGUCAGGUGGACUUCUUCGACCCCACCUUCGACUACGAGAUGAUCUUCAGAGGAACCGGGGCUCUGAUAUUUGUCAUCGACGCUCAGGACGAUUACGUGGAGGCCCUGGGCAGGCUUCACCUCACCGUGUCUCGGGCCUACCGGGUCAACCCAGAGAUCAACUUCGAGGUGUUCAUCCACAAAGUGGACGGCCUCUCGGACGAUCACAAGAUCGAAACCCAGAGAGACAUCCACCAGAGAGCCAACGACGACCUGGCCGACGCCAGCUUAGAGAAGCUGCAUCUCAGCUUUUACUUGACGAGUAUUUACGACCACUCCAUCUUUGAGGCCUUCAGCAAAGUGGUGCAGAAGCUCAUCCCUCAGCUUCCCACCCUGGAGAACCUCCUCAACAUCUUCAUCUCGAACUCGGGGAUAGAGAAGGCCUUUCUGUUUGACGUGGUCAGUAAGAUCUACAUCGCCACAGACAGCUCUCCCGUAGACAUGCAGUCCUACGAACUGUGCUGUGACAUGAUCGACGUGGUCAUUGAUGUCUCCUGCAUCUACGGUCUGAGGGAGGACGGCAGCGGCAGUGCCUAUGACAAGGAGUCCAUGGCCAUCAUUAAGCUCAACAACACGACUGUGCUGUACCUGAAAGAGGUCACCAAGUUCCUGGCCCUCGUCUGCAUCCUGCGAGAAGAAAGCUUCGAGCGCAAAGGAUUAAUAGACUACAAUUUCCACUGUUUCCGGAAGGCCAUCCAUGAAGUAUUUGAGGUGGGCGUCUCCACCCAGCGUCCCCAGACGGUGGGCUCGCCCUGCACCAAGGCCGUCGCACUGAACGGCACGCCGCGCAACACCGUGUAAACACUGAUGCUAAAUUUAAAAAAACAAAAAAGAGAGGGAAGGAAAGCUGGAGAAGGGCCUGAGAGCCUGUAGAGGAGAGACUACUAAACCGGGGCUCACGCCAAUCCCAAUCCCUUCGCCCCCAGAUUACUGUGAGACGCUGAGACGGCACUGGAGCACAGCGGGGUUAGUGCUUCUCGAGCUGAGAUGGAAGGGAAAUUCAAGCAUUCGUUUCAGUUGAAUGCAAGGGCACAGCGUUGGCUGUGAGGAAGUCGAAGAGAGUGAAACUGCACCUGGACAGGAAAAAGGUUCGGGAUCUUUCUUUUCGGGUUUCCUAAAGCGGUCAAAGGCCGCGAUAAGCUGCUGGUCCCUCUUAACGAACAAUGUGAGGAGGGGAAAACAAACCCUUGUUGUCACCGCUUGCUCAUGGACAAACGGUGAUGUCAGUUUGCAGGAAUCUGUCCCGUGAUGAACCCACCCCGACCACUUCUAUGCUAAAUUUAAAAAAAAAAAAAAAAAAAAAAAAAAAAAAGAUUUUAAAAAAAGAUGGUGGAUGUGAACUGCUGGUCCUAACACACACAUGUUCAGAGAUGGCCUUAUGUAGAUGAAGCUUGUCUGCAGUGCAAGCAUUCUCUCAGCACCACUCACCUCACGCUACCUGAAUGCUGCCCAAAACUCGCUUUUUGGUUUCACUCGUGAAGGGAAAACAAGGUUUUAUGAGCAGACUGAAAAGGGAUUGUGUUGUCCAUCUAACUUGGUCUUGUGUGUGUGAAUGCAGGUAUAUAUAUGUGUGUGUGUGUGUGUGUGUGUGUGUGUGUGUGUGUGUGUGUGUGUAUGAAAGGUUUAAAUUAGAUCCCAGGACCUUUACAGAAAGGGUUUAUGUCCUCCUUCUCAAUAACAGCAGAUUAGCAUAAUUAAACAUUUUUCAAUCAGUGAAAGUAACUUUUCUGUGUUGUGUGCCACUGAAAAUCAAACUUUUGAUUAAGUUUGUCAUAGUUAGUAAAAAAAAAAAAAAAAAUAGAAAUUUGGAAAUUGUCUUUAAAAAAAAAAAAAGCACUGCCAAAAUGAUUUAAUGGCUCAGUCAACAGUGAAACAAUGAGAACAUGUCGUGAUGAAAGCCUCAUUUGUUGCCAUCUAAGAAAGUAUUGGGUUGAGACGCAGGACUGGUGCAGGGGUCCACACUCCACAUCGUCUGUCUGAAACAUUUUGGGAUGAUUAUGAUGAUGUGAACCGGUUGAAACAUGCAUGUUUUCCCCCCACCUACAGUUUCAGUCCUGCCCAGAAUGAUUAACCCAUGUUGUGUAUUUAGUUUGGCUCUGUUCAGCCGGGUCCACCAUAACAAAAUGAACCCAUUCCAAGCAUGCGUCCGUCGGUGUGUUGCCAACCAUAACACUGCUCAUUGCAUUCAAAGGGGAGGAAGUGAAAAUGAAGCUAACCAAGACAAUUACACGCUUAAACGAGGAGGGAUAAAGACCAAAUUCCAUUACUUUAGCCAUUUACAGCGACACACACUAUGUUCAUGCCUGUGUGUUUAUUUCAGGGGUGAGAUGUGGGAACUCUGGCUGCUCAUAAAGAACAGGAACCUGACUCACGAAGCAGCAAUGACGAGUCGUCUUGAUCCAUUUGUCGAGUAAAAUGCCUGUUUUUUUUUUUGUUUUUUUUUGGGGGAUUUUACUUGUCAAAGUUAUUUUGAUAACUCUGUGACAUUGCUUCUUGAAACAGGCUCGAGACGUUCAACCUAGUCACCAUCGGUCAGCAGAAGAUAAACACUUCAGAACUGUGAUGGAUGAUUGAUUUCAUGUAUUGUGACGCUAUACUAUGUGAAAUAAAUGAAAAUUUAAAUUUUAGUUUUGUUGUUAUUGGCACAGUAGUACACAAAUUCUCUAACGCUAUCCUAUCUCUUUUAAAAACCUCAAGUCACAAACAAUCUGUUGUACUGUUUUAUAUUACGAGGCAACACGCAUUCAUUCUCCUUAACAUCCCUUAAUCCAAUGCAAACAUACAAGCAAACACAAGAUGGCGCUGUAGGAUUACUCUACUGUUCCCCCAAAAUUAAUUGGUAAACGUUUUGGUCCCUUCCACAAGCCC